GGGUAAAAAAAGGAAAGGGCAAACAAAUUUAAUCCGUGAGCACGCUUUGUUUUUUCAUUGCCACACGCGCUGUGCUUGAAUACCAAAAAAGCCCCUUUCUACUCUGCCAAAAAGUUUCCCGCUUCUAUAUUUAUUCUACAGCUAUUUCCCCCAGCCUUAUAUAUACACGAUAAAAAAACAAAGGAAGGGUCUAGUGUAUUUUUUGUUUCAAAAUUCAAUUUCCAAUCUUUGUUAUUUCGGCAUUCAAAGGCCCCUUUCCUUUUUUAUUUUUUUCUCCCACAAAUGAGCCAGCGAGACAUUGACAGCGUAAAGUCCAAGCUCAAAGGCCUCUGGGCCCAGUACAGCAGCGGCAGUAGCACAUCGGACAGCGCAGGAGGCAGCAGCCAGCGGGACACAGACACCAUUGAGCCAGUCGAAGAGCUUCUCCUCUUCCCAACCUAUGCCUACCGCGACGAGCGGCUCAUGGUCUGGCGCGUCCAAGUCCGAGGCUGGGCAUACUGCCGUAACCCCAACACAAGGCGAGUGCGGCUGGCGGCGUCACUGAUGCGGAGAUUCAUCCGAAUCCCACAAGGUGGUGACUCCGACCAGAUGCUGCUGGACCGCGUCUCGUAUCUUUUCGCCGGCCAGCCGGCCAGCAGCGACAUGGUCAAGGUGGCCAUGGCCGGAAUUGCUGAGCCGGCGCCCUUUGAGCUGCACAUGACGCCUGGGCACAAUGAGUCGCCCAGGCUGCGCGACACUGGGGGGCCACCGAAGCCGCCGAGAUCCGCAUCAAUGCAGUCGUCACAGGCGCCCGUCAGCCUGCUGGAUGCGCCCAUUGUGCUGACGUCGCAGUUUGACCCACAGGACGGCGACCAGUGCAAAAAAGUGUCCCAGGCGUCAGGGAACCCGUUUGCGGACCAGGAGAGCAGCAGCACCGCGGCUGGCGGCAGUUGGCAGCUCGCAGGCAUCCAGCCGACGAUCAUCCAGAAGGCGCUGCAGAUCGACGCGUUUGCAUGGCAGAACCUGGUCAUUGAGGAGGGUCUGUUUGAGGGCGAGAUUCUGCUGGGCUUCAACGAGCUCGAAUGGCUCGUGCAGAGCUACAAGGCGUCGCGCAUGGGCCACAGCGACGGCAGCCGGCGACUAGUCGAGCUCCGCGGACGCCUGUUCUCAUGGGCGGACUCAGCCAUCGUCACCGGAUUGGCGCACCUCGUUGAGCCACAGGGCGUCUCAGUGGUGUCUGACAUCGACGACACAAUCAAGGCGUCCAACAUCACGGCCGAAAAGCGCAUAGUCCUCGAAACAGUCUUCGCCAAACCAAUGCAGGCUGUGCCCGGCAUGGCGGCGCUCUACCAGCAGUGGUACGAGAAGGGCGUGGAGUUUCAUUAUGUUAGCAACAGCCCCUGGCAGCUAUACCCUUCGCUGGACGAGUUCUUCCACCGCAACCGCUUUCCGCCCGGCAGCGCCCACCUGCGGUCAUUCGACCCCAACGACCUAUUGUCGAUCAAGAACUACACAGGUACGCCGCAGCUCAAGCGAGACACCAUUGAGCUGCUCUUCCGCACAUUCCCCAAGCGCAAGUACGUUCUUGUCGGCGACUGUGGCGAGCAGGACCUGGAGACAUACACGGAUCUGGCGCGCAGAUACCCGGACCGCGUACUGCGGAUCUAUAUCCGCGACGUGUUUGCGCCGAUGGGCGUGGCUGCGGUGACCACAGACACGGAUGUUGCCGGAAACAACGUGGCUAAUGGCUUGAUCCCAUACGGUAUCGUGCGGCCGUCGAUGUCGAGACAACAGGGCGCGACUGAGGAACUAGAGGAGCAGGAUUUGAUCCAGCUUAAUGAAGAGCUUCGCCAGUUCAAUUAUCUGGAAGGAGCACAUCCCAGAAACAAGGUGCUUCCGCUGGUGCCGGGUAUUCCGCCGCCGGUACCGCCCAAGCCAAUGCACCUGAGCAGCAGCAGCGGCGGCAGCAGUGUUAGUAAUGGUGGUAAUGGGCCCAGUAUGUCGCGGCCAUCUAACUUGUUCCCGGCUAUGGGUCCGACGUAUGACAGCGCGGCGGUAUCGGCGCCGCCAAAACCACCACGCAAAACGUCCCUUGCCCAGGCGCCCUACAUUGCCACAGCCUCCGGCACAUCUGCGCCAGCCUUGCCUCGCAGACCACUGCCAGCAGCAGCAGCAGCAGCUGUCACGGCCAACGGAAUGCCUGGAGGCUGGACACCAAGUGGCCAGCUAGCGAAUACCCCACAGGAAGAAAGUGAUUCAGCAUCUGACUCUGUGCCACUGAAUACAGCUGAGCGCAUUGAGGCGAAAAUCAACCAGCUGCGUGAGCAGGCGCAGGAGUGGAUGGCAUUCUAUGCGCAGCAGUUUUAUGUUGCGCCCACACGCAGUUAUCUCCGAUAUGCCCACAUAUUUAUGCCGACUGUUGAGCAGAAUAUGAAGAUUAUCGAUUAUGAGGCCGUGCCGACCGAGUUCCACCAGCACUACCAGCAGCAGCAAAUGCAAAUGCAGCAGCAGCAGCAGCAACAGCAGCAGAUGCAGAUGCAGAUGCAGAUGCAGCAGGCGAAUGCCGAGAACACGUCCAAUGCGAUGAGCCCGGCAGCAACUAUAGAUCUCAACACACCAGCCAACAGGAGCAGCGGCAGCCCGCCGAGGCCUAACGCUUCCAGCCGCAGCGGCAGCGGAUACAACACCCCUGGUGGAACACUGGCUCCCCAGGGCUCAUUCGUCAUUGGUUCCUCGUACGACAUCCCCGAGCCGCCGCCGCCAGAGGCGCAACUGGCACGCAGUGCGCGCAGACUGCUGCUGUGGAAGCGGUACUUGUUGGCCACGCAGGGCCUGUCGCCUGCGCUGUGCCGGCUGUUCGUCGACGCCAGCGAUAUCAAACAGGACACCGAGCUGACCGACGUUCUCCUGCCGCAGUUCUCAAAACAGCAGAUAUAGACUAAAUGAAUGAAUUUGGUAGGUUGUGUGGUUUUAAUUUUUAUUGUAAUCAAAUAGAGUC